AUGAGCAUCGACCAGCUCGCGGACCAGAUCGAGCAGGCCAUGAGCCUCGCCGACCAAAUGCCCGCUGAUGGAACGGGACCUGCGCUUCCGCCUCAGCUGGCCUUGAACCGCAACAGGACGGCCGAAGAGGUGCUCGCAGACCUGAACAAGUCGCCGCUGUUCAUGACGGAGAUGGAGGAGAACGACGACAUCGCCGCGCUGCAGGCCCUGGCGUACGAGGGCACGGCGCUGGAGAACGCGGCGGACUUCAAGGAGCGCGGCAACGAGUGCUUCAAGGUCAAGGGCUACAAGGACGCCAGCGAGUUCUACGGCAAAGGCAUCGCCGUGCUCUUUGUCGAGGAGCGCAAGAGGGCCCAUGGUGAAGUCACAAAGCAUCCCGAGACCGGGGAGCCCGACUCCGAGGACGAGAUCCGGCAGCAGAAGGAGAUGCUCGAGGCCAUGUACGUCAACCGCGCGGCGUGCCACCUGGAGAUGCAAAACUACCGCAGCUGCUGGACCGACUGCGCGGCGGCGCUGCGGCUCAACCCGCGCAACGUCAAGGCGUACUAUCGGAGCGGAAAGGCGCUGCUGGCGGUGGAUCGCAUCGAGGAGGCUGAUGAUGUUUGCGCGAGGGGGCUGGCGAUUGAGCCGGAGAAUAAGGCGCUGCGGAGCGUUGCAGAUGGCAUCAUCAAGCGUGCCACGACGCUGGACGAGCUGAAACGAAAGGCGGCGAAACGAGAAGCGAAGAAGCAGCGUCGAGCACUGCUCCUCAAGACGGCCAUUGCUGCGAGAGGGAUUAAGAUGCGGACGACGGAGCAGCCGCCGGAGAUGGAGGACGCAAAAGUGAGACUGACACCGGACGAAGACGAUCCUUCGUCUGAGCUGGCGUUCCCCACGGUGUUGCUGUAUCCGCUGCACUUGGAAUCUGAUUUCAUCAAGGCCUUUCACGAGACGCAUUCCCUGGAGGAUCACCUAGGUUACAUAUUCCCCUUGCCGUGGGACAAAGAAGCACAGUAUACUCUUGCGGGGGUGACGUGCUACAUCGAGACGAAAGAAGGCGGAUUGAUCAAGAUGGGCAAGAAGGUCCCCCUUUUGAAGGUGCUGAGUGGAGGCAAAGUCGAGGUUGUAGAUGAGGUGGUGAGGAUUUUCGUACUGCCGACUUCAAAGGCGGAGGGAUGGGUCAAGGAGUUUAAAGAGAAGAGGGCAGCAGAGAGAGGAGAGCACAGAUGA